CGCCGCCUCCCGCAGCCUCUGCGCGCCGCGGGCUCCUCCUCCCGCCCAAGCGUGGCCAAGUGAGGACUGCUCCGGCCGCAGGUAGCUGAGGCGUGGGAGGCUGCGCGCUCGGUACCCGAGCGGAGCGCCAGGGAGGGGCCGACGGACGUGCGGGCGGACGGACUCCCCAGCCUCCCUUCCCGGACGUUAGCCGCGUUCUGCGCGGGCCAUGUGGGGACCCGGGGUCACGGCCGAGGGCCUGUCGGUGGCUCCGGCGCCGCCGCCUUUGCUGCCGCUGCUGCUGCUGCUGGCUCUGGCGCUGGUGGCGCCCUCGCGGGGCGGCGGGGGCUGCGCGGAGCUGGCGUGCGGCGAGCGGGAGCGCUGCUGCGACGCGACCAACGCCACGGCUGUGCGCUGCUGCAAGCUCCCUCUGCACGCCUUCCUGGACAACGUGGGCUGGUUCGUCCGCAAGCUCUCCGGGCUGCUCAUCCUGCUGGUGCUCUUCGCCAUCGGCUAUUUCCUGCAGCGCAUCAUCUGCCCCAGUCCACGGAGGUACCCGCGCGGCCAGGCCCGCCCGGGGCAGCGGCCCGGGCCUCCGGGGGGCGCCGGACCGCUGGGCGGCGCGGGGCCGCCCGACGACGACGACGACUCGCCAGCUCUGCUGCGCGACGAGGCUGCCGCCGGCUCGCAGGACUCACUGCUGGACAGCGGCGGCAGCGGCCGGGGCCGGGGAGGCUGCGGGCGCUCGGACCCCUCCUGCACCUCGGAGCACGAGCUGCGCGUAGUGUCGCCGGCCUUCCUGCAGCUGCCCAGCUACGAGGAAGUCAAGUACCUGCCCACCUACGAGGAGUCCAUGCGGCUGCAGCACCUCAGCCCCGGGGAGGUCGUGCUCCCAGUGUCGGUUCUCAGCCGCCCGCGAGGCGGGGGCGCAGCGGAGCCCGACGGCGGCGAGGGCCGCUUCCCCCUCAUCUGAGCGCUCGGGGAUCGGCGGCUGGUGCAGGGCUGGGGGCUGCGGGUGGCACGCAACGGCCGGGGUGCCGCCGCCGCCGCCGCCAACUGCCUCAGACCCUAUCUGGCACCCCGGCCUAACUGCCCGGCACCUCAAGACUGGGUUGUGGUCACUCGUCUCCCUAGCGUUCUCCCGGGAGGUUAGGUUUCCCUGCGUUUCAUUCCGUUGAAAGAAACGUGGGGCACGCGCGAGGCUGCGGCUGCAGCAGGCGACCCCCGAACGCACCUUCGAAGGACGUCCCCGCCCUCUGCCUUACCUGGUCCUGUGGUUCACUCGUAAGUGCCUGCUUCCCGAGUCGAAGAGAACACGUGAGCCCUUUGGUGCGUCGGGAGAAGGGCGGUCUUCUUUAGGGCUGAGGAGAAAGCGCGGUUCCACUCCUUUCCCUACCUGCCAUUUGGACAGGUCACGGUCUCCCAGGGUGGGCACAGGGCGGGGAGCUGUUCGGGACGAGCCGCGACCCGGGACUGCUGCGCGUGGGUGUGGAGAGCGGCACUUGGUAUGAUGGACUCGUUCCCAUGCAGCGGACCCCCAAAAAACCCCUCGAUGUCUUCCUGAUCCAGCAAAUAGUCACAGCUGGUGUUUCACAAUUAGCUGGAGUGCGGGGAGUGGGGGAGGGGGAACACCUGUGAUACGCGGUUAGUUGCUGUACAUACUGAGGGCGCAGCAACUACGUAUAUCCAUUCGGCUGGACUUUUGAUUGUUCAAUAAUUGAGAAGGUAUUUCUAUUUAUUUGUCUUUUCUUCUAAUAUUUUUACCAUGCAUUGAACGCAACAGGAGGGUAUUUCAGCAAAUUCAUGGCAAGGUAAUCGUCUUAUCACUUUUUGUAGGCCAUUAAUGGUCAGGAAAUUGCCCACACUCUGUCAUUAUUGUUUAAUAAAACGUUGGACAUUAUUUCAUUAAAAAAGAUAAACAGAGGUAUGGUCAAACAAGGAAGCAUAUUUGACAUAAUAAACAUGACGGAUAUUUUCACUAUUUGAGAAGAAUAUAUUUUAUUUUUAGUACUGUGACAUAAUAUAUAACUUUUUAUAAUAAUAACUGUAUGCAUUAUGUAGUAUAGUGCUUAAUUGUAUCAUUCACCACAUAGUUAUAUGUAAAAAUAAUUGACAGGUACAUGCCACUUCAUGAAACAUAUGAUAUGCAUUUUCGCCUCCAUUUUUCAUUGGGAAUACAUUCCACAACAUGAUCCAAAACAUAAACACUUGUGACUUGUAACUUUUGUUUAAAGCCAUUAAUUGUGCAGUAAUGUGCUACAGAAGGAUUUGAUCUGCUUCUCUUAAGAAACAAAUGUGAUUGUAUCAGUUUCCUGUUCUGUGACAUACCCUUUAAAAGUAAAAGGUAAUAUAACAUUUUAAUACAUUGUGUGUAAUGUACAUAUGCAUAUUGUCUAUGUACUGUAUACACAUUAUUUAUAAUAUUGUAUUACAGUUUAUCAUUCUCAUGAAAGGAGAAGAAGGAAAACAAAUACAAAAGGUUUCUCUGCUUGAGAAAACGUGAAUGUUAUAUCAAAAACAAUUACACACAUGGAUCUUAUACAUGUUUUUAGAACAUUGUUCUUCUGAUUAAAGAAGUCUGACACUCCUGAAAAAACCUUAAAAUGUCUGACGUAUUAGAAGAAAAUUAUUUGAUUAAACUUCUAAAGGCUGGUUGAAAAAGUCUGACAUUUCUGAGAAAUUUUAAAAUGUAAUAAAAAAAUGGUUAAAUUUCUAAAAACUAAUGACCCUAUGACUAAAGAAAAAUCAUUUCAAGUGUAUUAAAACACAGUAAAACAUUAAAAUAUUUUCUCUGUGCAAAUUUUA